CGGAUCGCUGCCUCCACAAGUCAAAUGCGGUCAAUGGUUUCUGACAUCCGAGCCCACACAGAUUCUUCUACUUUGCUGAUUCUACAAGGCGUCCGAACUCUGAAGUCAACAUCUUCCGGCUGCUGAACGCCAGAUCUCGCCGCCGCGUCCUCUCCGCGACUCCAUGCCGUCGUUGCGCCACCACAUUGUUCUCCUCGCUGCGGCACUUACCUUCGUCGCGGCAGCCGCCGGAGGCGGAGGAGAAGAAGAGCGGGCGGCGGCCUGCGACGAGGCGUCCUGGCCGCAGGAGGCGAACCUCCGGCCGGACCGGCUGACGGUGCUCCUGAGCGGGUACUCGGAGCGGCGGCUCCCGCUCCUCCGCCCCAUCGCCGCCUCCUACGCCUCCCACCCUCUGGUCCUCGCCGUCGUCAUCCUCUGGUGCAACCCCUCCACCCCAUCCUCCCUCCUCCGCCGCCUCCAUCCAUUCCCCCCCUCCAUCUCCCUCCACCGCACAUCCUCGCCCUCCCUCAACGCCCGCUUCCUCCCGCUCCGCUCCGUCAUCCGCACCGCCGCCGUCGCCGUCGCCGACGACGACUUGCUCCCCGACGCCGCCGCCAUCUCCUUCGCCUUCGCCACCUGGCAGCAACACCAACACCACAACCAGUCGUCCCGGCUCGUGGGCCUCUUCCCGCGGUCCCACCACCUGGACCUGGCCCAGGCCCGGUGGGCCUACACCGCGGCCUCGGCAUCUUCUACGUCUUCUUCUUCCCCGCUGCGCUACUCCAUCGUGCUCACCAAGUUCAUGCUCCUCUCGCCCGCCCUCCUCCGCCGCUACUCCUGCUCCCCCGACCUCGCCGCCGCGCGCGCCGUGGUGGACCGGGAGCGCAACUGCGAGGACAUCCUCAUGAACUUCGUCGCCGCCGAGGCAUCCGGGGAGGGCCCCGUGCUCGUCGAGGCCGGCAGCGUCAGGGACUGGGGCGACCCGAGGAACGACGACGACGAUGCCGAUGCGAUGAAGGGCGUGGGGCUGAGCGGGCAGGCGGGGAUGGCGCAUUGGGAGAAGAGAGGGGGAUGCAUCACGGAGUUCCACCGGCUGCUGGGGAGGAUGCCGCUGAGGUAUAGCUACGGGAAGGUGGUGCCGGCCGGCGGCGGAAGCGAGCAGGGGCUCUGCAGCAAACACGGCCGCCUAGUCCCCUGCGACGACCAGAGACAGUGAAGCCAGAACUCCUCCAAGACAGCGUGCUAAAUGAACUCUGUAAUCUGAAUUUGAUUUUUGAUUUAUGAGCACGUUUUGUUUUGGGA